AUGCCUCCAAAGCGAAAACUUCCUCGGCGCGGGAAGGCCCUGGGUGGCGAGCUCAACCUGGAUGCCGUGUCCAAAGAACGAAUCGACGCAGUCACAGCGGAGCCCCUCGAUCCUGUCAAGUUUAUCGAGGUUCUCAGUCCGGAUCAAACAUUGAGUCUCUUCUACAAUACGAGCACACUGAUUCGAAUUGCAGUCGAUAAUGGAGGUUUUAUGCAGCCACCACAUUUUCGUGAACCGAUGUCAAACGCUCUCCGAAAGCAAAUUGAGGACAUUGAAGGUAAGAAGUUCCACUUUGAGUCACGCAACACUGUCAUUCAAAGCGACGAAGGAGAAGAGGGAAGUGGAAUUGCAGUUCUGCAUCGUCACGUUUACUUUGACCAGAUUAUGGACGAGUUCUACUUACUCAAUCCUGCGGAAGUGUUUGUGUGCCCAAUGUGUUACGAGCACUAUUUGACAACUCGAUUUCUGCCCGCUCGGAUGGAGGAAGGCCGUUCCGUAAAGCACCUCCGAAACAACCAGCCUGUCGUUGAUCCUCUUGACGUGCUUUUGCAUAUGCAAGGCGAAGGCCCCUCCACAGGCGCUGCGGACAAUGAGGCGGCAAUUGUGCCUGACUCAGCCUGGGACAAUGUACUCGCUCACAUUGUGUUCCGCAGGGCUGCACAGUGGAAAACACACCUGGAGACUCAACAUUGGGUGACUGGUGUAAGCGCUACUGACUAUCGACUGCGUGAUGUCCUUUGCACAUACUACAACAACUACAAUCAGUGGAAUGAAGAAAAAUACGAAGAGGAGGUGAAACUGUACGGUAGCGCGCGAAAGAAAGCCGCUUUAACGCUGCAGCGUUAUUGGCACCUAAAUGCCAGUUACAAUCGGCUACGGUACAAUCGGGUAGUUGCCGCAACAGAGCUAGCGGAGGACCACGCGGAGGCAGUAACGGUGAGCGCAUUUCCAAACGAGACGGUUGCUCACCACUUCAACCCGGAAGAUGAAGAUGAAGACGACUUCAUUGAUGAUGACACUGACACAGAGGACUAUGUGCCUCCCUACUUGCCUGAGGACGAAGAGCUUUCCGAUGUAGAGGAUGAUGCGGAUAAGUCAGAAGGGAAAACACCUCAGCGGCGCAGGAAACGUAAUCGCGAGCGCUCAGUAGAAUCGGUGUUUGCCUCAUCCCCAUCGGCAUCUUCUAGCACUACGGCAUCUUCUAGCGACUCAGACUACGAUGCCGAGGUUGAGAAGCAGCGGGCGCUAUUCAAGCGGGGUCUCCUUGCUGAAAGAGACUGCUAUUUUUCGCGACUCUCUGCAGAAGACCGGCACUUUUUUGAGAAAAGCCAACGCUCAAACGUAGCACCGAGCCAGCUCUAUGAUCCCCAUAUGCAUCCGAACAGCACGCACUUAUCCACAUUAGAUGACGAUACCGACUGGGAAAACAUUGGGGAGGUACUCCCGAUCAAGAGCCCCAUAAAGCUAAAAAAGGAAAUUUCUCCUAGCCUUCCCCCUGCAGGUGCAGAUGUAGGGUCGGUCAAAAGUAAACUACUUCUUGACGACGAUGAACCGCUUCCGCAUCUUGUUCCUCAGCAACAACUCGCACCCAGCACGCGGUCGUCUCAUCUACUGUUGGACGAGGACGAGUAG